UUUUUUUCUUUAUUGUCGGCUCUCUAAAACAGUCUCACCUCUCUAUAAAUUAACGAAACACGCCGACGAAUCUCUUAUCAUCCCACAAACCCUAAAUCAACUCAAUCCGAUGGCGCUAGAGAAUCAAUCGGCGGCUACUAGAUUCACCGGAAAGGUGAAUUGGUUCAACGACUCAAAGGGAUUCGGUUUCAUCACCCCCGACGAUGGCACCACCGAGGAGCUUUUCGUCCACCAAUCCUCCAUCGUCUCCGAGGGAUACAGGAGCCUCGCCGUCGACGAUCUGGUCGAGUUCGAGAUCGCUCAGGGAACCGACGGGAAGACCAAGGCCGUCGAGGUCACCGCUCCCGGCGGCGCUCCUUUGAAAAAGAAGGAGGCCGGCUCACGCGGGAGAAGCGGUCGCGGCGGAAGUUGUUACAACUGCGGCGACGCUGGGCAUCUCGCGAAGGAUUGCCGCGACGGCGGGGAGCGAGGAGCGUGUUACACGUGUGGUGACACUGGUCACUUGGCUAGGGAUUGCGUUAAGAAGUCUGGUGGUGAGCGUGUGAGCGGUGGAGGUGGAGCUUGCUAUACGUGUGGUGGAUCUGGUCACAUGGCUAGGGAAUGUCCGAGUAAGAGGCAGUCUGGUGGUGGUGGUUGUUACGAGUGUGGUGGCGCUGGUCACUUGGCUAGGGAUUGUGACAAGAGAGGUGGAGGAGGGAGAAGCUCUGGUGGUUGUUAUGAAUGUGGUGGUGCUGGUCAUAUGGCUCGUGAUUGUGACAAGAGAGGAAGUGGUGGAGGUGGGAGAAGCUCUGGUGGAGGUGGUGGCAAGUGCUACAAGUGUGGUGAAGGAGGUCACUUUGCAAGGGAGUGUUCUGUUGCUUGAUUGCUUCCCUAAUCAACAAAACAAUAAGAUGAAGAUGGAUUUGAGUAAUUAAUUACUCUUCGUUUUCGUUUUAUUAUCUUUUGCUGAUGGGAAUGAUGAAUUCGCCUGGUCCUCUGUUGUGUUUUUUUUUUGAGUUUUUGGUGGUACUAUUAUUAUUAUACAAUCUUUAGCUAGAUUUGGUUUCUGUUGUCCUUUUUUUUAUGCGCUAUAUGACUUUGGUUGAUUUGCUUAUGUCACUUUUGAGUUAAGUGUUUUGUCCUUUUUGUUUCAGUUUAUUGCUUUCUUUGUACGGGAUGAACUGAAAGUGAAACCCAAGUUUGGUUUGGUCGCCUU